UCGAAAAUAAGGAAAACAAAGUGGUAAGAUUAUUGCACAACUUAACAAAUUAUUCGACAUAUGUAUAUAAUUUUUUGCAUUUCUUUUGGUUACCUCCUAUAGCACGAUUUAAAUAAUAAGUCAGUGUAUUUCUUUUUGCAAGGUUCGUGUGUAAGGACCAUUCUGUAAGAGUUUUAUUGCGACCCUUAAAACAAAUUUUUUAUAUUUGACGGUAAAUAUUAACGAUACGCACUUCAUAUGCUUCAUUAUUUUAGAAAAAAAUUUUUAAUUAAUAAUGCUGAAAGAUCAUUUCUUUAUAUAAUUUUUCUUUAUAUAAUUUUUUAUAGAUCGCAAUAUUAAAAUGGAAUUUAGACCUAAAACUUUUGAUUUGGAGAUUGCCUUUGCAGCAUCUAGGAGAAGACAGAUGAAGAAAUUUCGUGGUCCAGAUUCGCUUCUUUAUUCUGCCAUUUGUCCCGCAAUUUAUAUAAUAAGAAUUCUUGGACAAGCACCGUACAAAUUUUCAAAGGAUCGUUUGGUUCCUUCCAAUGUUUAUUUGAUAUUUUCUUUUGUUUUUUUAACCGUUUGUUUUUACAAUGUAUACAUAGUAUUUUAUCAAUUUGUACAUUCGACAAGAAAAGAACCAAUCCUUGGAGGUACGGAAUAUAUUAAGGUGACAUUUAAUUGCUUCACAAUGAUAUAUAGCGUUCUAAUGACAAUGUGGACAAGAAAUAAAUUCGUUCAAAUUUGGAAUAACAUACAAGAUUAUGAUGAUGCUGUUAGAUUAUUAGGAUAUCCUCAAAAGGAAAUAAAAACGAGAAUAGUUUGCUGGAUUCUAAUAAUUUUAAAUAUCGCACUUUGGACUUCAGUCAAUCAAGUUGGAAUGUACGCUUUUACAGAAUCUUGGAUUUCUAAUAUAGGCUACAUGUCCCCAUAUUUUGGUAGUUGUAUAGCCGUCUACAAAUUUAUUGGUAUUACUUUUAUAUUGGGUCAAAGAUUUCAUCAUCUCAAUGAAUUAGCAACAAAAUAUAUAUGUUCGAAACGAAAGAACACUCGACCUAUGAAAAUCGAUAUUAAAACUAUUCAAACUUGGCACAACGAACUUAUGAUCGUCGGAGAAAAUUUAAAUACUUUAUAUACGUGGGAGAUUCUUUUAUGGUUAGCAAAUUUGAGUAUUCAUAGUGUAAGUGACUUAUACUUUAUUAUCGAUAAAGUAUUAAAUGAUUGGGAUAAUUUACAUUGGCCAUCGAUUUGCUGUUUAGCAAGCUGGUUUUUAGUAUUUGUUACUCAACUUAUUAUAUUGCACAUUUCUUGUGACUAUGUUUCGACUCAGGCAAAUUCUAUGGGAGGAAUCCUGAUCGAUUGGCAGGCCUGUUUAAUGGAAAAAAAUUCUUUAAAGACACCCAUAGAAAUGUCUCUACACUUCAUCAAUCGAAAAUUACAAUUCACAGCUGCCGGAUGUUUUUGCAUCGAACUACCAUUAAUCCGUUCGAUAGCAGCGCUCUUGACAACGUACUUGGUUAUUCUCUUGCAAUUACAAUGAGUUAUCGAUUUUCAAGCUAAUUCUAUUUUUUUUUUUUUUAUGACAAACAAACGAGUCGAAUCACAUUAGUGUAACAUUGUUCUUAGCGAGAAAGUAUCGAGAAAUGGAAAUUAUAACGGAAGAGUACUCGCGAUAUUGAUUUUACGCGGAACGACUCGAGAUACGUAUAUACUUUACUCAGAAAUUGUAUUGCUUUAUGUAUGGAAAGUAAUGGAAAGGGAUGAACCUUGUUGAGAUAUAAUACCUAUGUUUCUUUUAUUUCGUUAAAUUAACACAUUCGAUGUUUUAACAAUAAAACGGAGUUUCCAAAUUGAAAAUAUAUAUAAUACGUGAUAAUAAUGCGAAAAAAAGAAAAUAAAUAAAAGAAAAAUGAUCAGAAAACUCGAUCAGUGAUAUUAUCAAAUAGCAACCCGUUUUAUUGUUCGAUAGGUUCAUUUUUAAUAUCUAUAGAGAAAACCAAUUAAAAUUGUAAUUAGAAGAACGAACG